AUGGCUGCCGUAUUUCCUAUUAUCAAGACAGUUAACACCUUUGUUAUUGAUGGUGUUGGCUCUGGAGGCGAUUAUCACAAUGUCAAAGGUGGACAUUGGCUCAUUGAUUCUCCCAUUGCAACUCCGAUGUCUCGAUGGGAGCAAUAUCGAGGCUCUCGGACUAGCUGGGGGAUAAAUGUUCUUGGGUCCUUUUGCGUUGAAAUAGAAGCAACGGAUGGCACUAAGGGGUUUGCAACCGGGUUUGGAGGCCCUCCAGCCUGCUGGCUAGUGGCACAGCAUUUCGAAAGGUUCCUAAUCGGUGCAGACCCAAGAGAUACAAAUAACCUUUUUGAAAAGAUGUACCGGGCAUCCAUGUUUUAUGGACGCAAAGGCCUCACUGUUGCUGCCAUAUCAGCCAUAGAUCUGGCUAUUUGGGACCUGCUUGGAAAGAUCCGCAAUGAACCAGUCUACAAACUUAUCGGUGGUGCAACUCGUUCCCGCCUAGACUUCUACUGCACUGGCCCAGAGCCAGGCUACUCAAAGUCAAUGGGCUUUUCCGGUGCCAAAGUGGCGCUACCAUAUGGCCCUGAUGAAGGCGCAAGUGGUCUAAGUAAGAACGUGGAAUAUCUACGGCGGCAACGCGAGAAAGUCGGACCAAACUUCCCGCUCAGGGUUGACUGUUACAUGUCUCUGAAUGUUCCAUACACAAUCGAGCUUGUCAAAGCUUGCGAGGCAGCAAGUAUCAAUAUUGACUGGUGGGAAGAAUGCUUAUCUCCCGAUGAUGUUGACGGUCAAGCCCUACUUAAACGGGCCCAUCCAACUGUCAAGUUCACAACUGGUGAGCACGAGUAUUCCAGGUAUGGCUUUCGAAAGCUUAUCGAAUCCCGAAAUCUUGACAUUGUCCAGCCAGAUGUUAUGUGGGUGGGAGGAAUGACCGAAUUGCUGAAAAUAUCAGCAAUGGCGGCUGCUUAUGAUAUCCCAGUCGUGCCACAUGCGUCUGGUCCUUAUUCUUACCAUUUCGUCGUAUCUCAGCCGAAUUCUCCCUUCCAGGAAUACCUGGCCAACUCACCUGAUGGAAAGACAGUGCAGCCUGUAUUUGGCGAUCUCUUCUUAAAUGAACCGAUUCCCUCCAAAGGCUAUCUUGAUGUCAGUGCACUGGAUGAGCCUGGCUUCGGGCUCAAGUUGAACCCUUAUGCAAGGCUCAUUCCAGCACGUUAUAUCCUGGCUCCUAACCCGCAGGAAUCGCUUCGACAUGGUGGCGUUGCUUCUCAGGAAAAUCGAAAGCAUGGUAGCGAAAGAACUGUCCCAAUGACAAAUGGCACCGUACGACAACACUAA